GAGAGAGCUUCUGCGCAGUACCAUGUCACCUCUGGCUCAGUUGUUAUUAACUGCAGCUGACUACGACCAGCACCAUCACCAUUUUCUUCCUGGUUUAGACGAUCUAUUCAAAACCACCAGGGGGGCAGCUGUAUCGCGGUCUGAACCUGGCAAAGUGGAUCUGUCUAGAAAUGGACCGCGCCUGGUGUGUGCCCUUACUAGCUUCCAUUUCGACGUUUCUCUUGACAAUGCCAUUCACCUGCUUUGGCCUCCUGUUUGUCCUCGUCAUGAACAAAUUUGGAACCACUCGGGAGCAAGCGUCUUGGAUGGAAAGCGCCUUCAUUAUGAGCAGUAACCUAUCAGCUCUCGGAAUAGCUUUCCUUCAGCGGCGCAUCAGCCUAUCCAACAUUGCUGUUAUGGCCGCUGCCAUUACCAGUGCAGCUGUUAUUGCGUCUGCAUUCGCGCCAAAUGUGGAAUGGAUGAGCGCAAUUUUUGGGGGUGCUUAUGGCUUUGCAGUCAAGCUGUUCAUGGCAUCUGUUUCGAUCUACACAAUGCUGUUCUUCGACAAGUACCGGGCAACAGCCCAAUCCUUCAUCAGCUGCGCUCAGGGAGCAGCUGGCAUGGCGGGUCAAGCGCUGUUGUCAUCGCUAGAGGAGACCUAUGGCUUCGCUGGAGCGUUGGCCAUACUCGGCGGGAUACUCCUGCAUGCUGUACCACUUUCUAUGCUUUUGAGGGAAGCGCACCGGAUAAGAUUUACUUGCUCGCUAAAAAGGAAUCCGUCACGCCUUAUUUCCAAUAUUGUUGCUAUCCCGGCGAUCACUUGCUCAAACAAAAAUACGUUCCUGCACACAUGUAAGCCUGCGACCGUUCUCGAAAUUGAAGGAAACAAUGAACACAAGCAAGAAUUUGCUGUUGUAAAGAGUAGUGUUACCGGGAGAAAUAUAUACUCACAUGGGUUUCCUUAUGUAGGAGGAAAUGAUUCAUUUCACGCUGAAAUGUAUGACAAAUAUAGUCGGAAAACGUCACUUAAGAAUUCUGUGAGCACUCGAAGGGAGCAAACGUUUCUUUCGAAAGCAGCACAGAAAACCACAAUGCGCAGUUCAGAGCCCGAACACAGCACUUGCCGAGUAGAGACGAUCGCACCGAAUCAAAGCUGCCCCCUACGACUCGCUCUGUCCUUGUUACAUGAGCCAGCGUUUUACAUAUUAGUAUUCGCGAUUGUAGCUGGAGACUACACUGAAAUAGUUUUUCUCGCCACGGCUGUAGAGUAUGGUGAAGAUCGGGUCCUAACAAUGGAGGCCAGCGAACGCCUAGUCACUGUAUGGUUCCUGGGACAGUUCAUAGGGAGUGGCUUACUACCAGUGAUUGCCGAUUGCACAGGAUACAGCCGUUCAUCUGUCUAUGUGGUCACUUUCGCAUUUUCUUCCAUCUCUCUGGCGGCGCUGCCUCAUGUGAUGGAAAUCGCUGGCCUUUCUGUCGUACUUGCGAUACACGGCAUGGCGAUGGGCUUCAUCAGAUGCGUCAAGUGCGUAGUCAUAGCCGAUCAAGUUGGCACCGAACGCACCGCAGCUUGUUGGGGCAUCAGCGGGCUGGCGAUAAUCCCUUUAUCUCUGGCCAACCCGGUGAUCAUUGGUAAGUAAAGUUCUUUGUGGUUACGGGUAAGUACCACUAAACUCGCUCUUGCAACUCAAGGGAAUUUGUUUGCCACAUAUAAGCGCAACACAUACGUAUUCUCUUAGGUUAGUUUGCUUGCGAGCGUGAUGUGCUCGGGUGUCGCCAAGGUGCUUAAACUGCGGCUAUGUGUAACGACUACUGCCUACAAAAUGUGGCAAAUCAACAUCAACUGAGGUAAAACAGUUGUGGUGUCAUUUACCACUGGACGUAGCCCCUUCUGAUACGACUAUUUAGUCGAUGGCAGCCAACUUACAAGAGUUUCGUAAUCCAAAUAUUUAGGCUUCAUUAUAUCAGAACACCUUUCAAGGAGUAACCGCAUGCAUAUGUAAACGUGAAAGCCGUAAAAAAUACUGUUUUUUUGCGCAGCGCCUCACCUAAGACAUGACAUUUUGUAAAAGACGCCCUAUAAUGUUCAUAGCUGCCAAGGCACGGGCUGGCACGACAGUGGAAUUCAUCGCGUGGACCUGGAAGCUCUCACAAGCUUUUGUCGCUUGGUUAACAUGCAUGGUGGAUUGGAGAAACAGUUUCUUCAAUGUAUUGCGUCAGAAUGUUACUCAAUGAACUCCAACAUACGAUUCGUCACUGAUUGGUGCA